AUAGCAGUGCAGGGCUGAAGCGUGAGCACGUGAAACUCUCUAAGUACUACCCCAUCGUGGCUGAAUCACUAUAAAUAAAAGUAUAUAGUAUAGCCGAUAGGCGCCCAUACAGUCGAGCUAUAGGUACAGAGCUGCGUCGGCGAUCCAGCUCUCUCUUUUCUCUCCCGCGCGUGUGUGGUGUGGCGUGCGCGCAUGGACGACCGAUCGACGACGAGCGAAAAUUACCAUUACGACCAUCCUGCAGUAGCUGUGCUGGCCUUCGCCAGACGACGGGAUUCGGCGCUACUGGAGCGGCGUCGCGUGUAGAUACUUAUACUUGUGCGAGUAGCCUGACAGAUCAGAUCUCAAGAGGAGCUGCGCUCUUCUUCCGAGACUCGAGAGAGGACCUUCGCGCGCGUGCUAGAGAGCUGUGUGUGAGUUCGUGUGUGUUGGUCGUCGUGGUGCGCGCGUGUUAAGCAUAUUCGCACCUGCAGCACGUCGUCGGGAGCAGCUUCGCCUGGUGUAAUAUAUAAUCGCGCAGCUGACGGACGACAUCGUCGAGGAGGUGAGAGCGCUUCGCAGCAGGUGCCCCCCCGCAGCACACGUACAGCAGUCCGACAGAGGGAGAGAUAUAUAAGAGAGGGAGCGACACUAACGGGACUGCCCGGGGAAACGACAUCGUCGAGGACCCACCGCAACCAGCCGCUACAGCACAGCCACCAGCAAAAUGUCCAACGAGGAGACCUCCGCCGACCGCAAUGUCGAGAUCUGGAAGAUCAAGAAGCUCAUCAAGAGCCUUGAGAUGGCCAGAGGGAAUGGUACUAGCAUGAUUUCACUUAUCAUUCCACCUAAGGAUCAAAUUUCCAGAGUCAGUAAAAUGUUGGCUGAUGAAUUUGGUACAGCAUCGAAUAUCAAGUCUCGAGUCAACAGACUGUCCGUCCUUGGUGCCAUCACAUCGGUACAACACAGGCUAAAGUUGUAUACCAAAGUACCUCCAAAUGGCCUGGUUAUUUACUGUGGAACAAUUGUGACUGAGGAAGGCAAGGAAAAGAAAGUGAACAUCGACUUUGAACCCUUCAAACCAAUUAAUACGUCGCUUUACCUUUGUGACAAUAAGUUUCACACCGAAGCAUUGACGGCCCUUUUAGCAGACGAUAACAAGUUUGGUUUCAUUGUUAUGGAUGGUAAUGGUGCACUUUUCGGAACCUUGCAAGGAAAUACGCGAGAGGUUCUUCACAAGUUUACGGUCGAUUUACCGAAAAAACACGGCAGAGGAGGUCAGUCUGCUCUACGUUUUGCUCGGUUGCGAAUGGAAAAACGUCACAAUUAUGUACGCAAAGUUGCUGAGGUAGCAACGCAGCUUUACAUUACUAACGAUAAGCCUAACAUCGCUGGUUUGAUCCUUGCUGGUAGUGCUGACUUCAAAACAGAGCUUAGUCAAUCUGAUAUGUUUGAUCCUCGAUUGCAAGCCAAAAUCAUAAAAUUAGUUGACGUUUCAUACGGUGGAGAAAAUGGUUUUAAUCAAGCUAUUGAAUUAGCUGCAGAAUCAUUGCAGAAUGUUAAGUUUAUUCAAGAAAAGAAACUUAUUGGUCGUUACUUUGACGAAAUUUCUCAAGACACAGGAAAAUACUGUUUUGGAGUUGAAGAUACCUUAAGAGCACUUGAACUAGGUAGUGUUGAAACGCUGAUAUGUUGGGAGAAUCUUGACAUUCAAAGAUAUGUCCUAAAAAAUCACACAAACAAUGAAGAGAAAGUCCUUCACCUCACACCCGAGCAAGAAAAGGACAAAACCCAUUUCACUGAUAAAGAGAGCGGGGUCGAAUUGGAAUUGGUAGAGUGCCAACCUCUACUGGAGUGGCUCGCAAACAACUACAAGAGUUUUGGAGCAACCUUAGAAAUUAUUACGGAUAAAUCUCAAGAAGGAUCGCAAUUCGUGAGAGGUUUUGGUGGCAUUGGAGGAAUUCUGCGCUACAAAGUCGACUUCCAGUCAUUACAGGCUGACGAGCCUCUCGAUGACGUCGACCUCGACGAUUAUUAAAUUCGCGUCUCCGUCGCUCAGUCAGAGUCGACCAGGUAUUUUGCGGUACAAGGUGGACUUUCAAAGUAUGCAGUUGGAAGAGGUUGAGUUCGACAACUUCGACUACGAUGACUAUUAAACUUUUGGAUGUUUUUUGGAAAACACCAGGGCUGGAAAAAUCACGAUUUUUUUUAAUUAAAUCUGAUUUUUUUGUUUCAAUCAAAUUUUUUUGUUUGUAUUUAUAACUUUUAUAGACAAAAAAGUUUAAUUCCUGUCAUUAUGAAACGUUAAAUGAAUAUAUUUCACGUUAAAUUUAUAUUUAACUUUUAUUAUCAAUAAUCGUAAACUCAAUAGAACUUUUGAUUUUAAAUUAGAUAAUUUAUUUACAUAUUAUGUAUUUUUUAAUAUAUUUAUACAUAUAAAUACAUAGAUGUAAAAUUCAGUCACCUUUUGUUGAUAUAUUUUUAAGUUCCAACUGCAACCAGUUACAUAAACUCAAGUUAAAAGCAUUUCCAACGUGGAACUGUUAGUAAAAUCGUGUGUAUCAAGAAAGUAGCUACAGCUAUUUCAUCAAUAAUGGCAUAGUUAACAUUUUGAAAUUGUACACUUUGAUAACAUUAAAGGUGACAAAUUUUUUUAUUUUGUAUAUAAUUUGCGGAUAUCGUAUGUUGCAAUAACAAUACAACCGUAUUUAUCUAUCAAUAUGGUAAAAGAUAACAAAAAAAUUUGAUCACUACAAAUAAAUAAGAUUAGAUUUUUUUAUCUAAAAAUUUAUUUAAAUGGCAUUUUUACUCGCCGAUUUAAAUAUGUCGAUUGGAAUCAUUCCAGUCCUGGGAAAAUACAAGCAGGAAUAAAAAAAGCUACAAGAGAAGAUGAGCAGCUACAGAUUACACGAAGGAAACCAAGAAACGCCGAACGUUAUUAAUGCGCCCGACUAAUCGUUUCUUUCUCUCCAUCAUUCCAAAAUGGAAAGAAAUGAAGAUAGGAUCAAAAAGUACUUCUAUUUUUUUCUAUAGAAAAAGUAAAAAAAUGUGGUUCUGUGAACUCUAUUGCUCCGAAGGAUCGAGAGAAAGAGAAACUGUGGUGCUGUGCUAUAAAACGAAAAAAAAAAUAUAUAUAAAAUAACAGUCUGUGCUUGUGGGUCGCUAAGACUCGACAUGAAGAAGACUGCGUCAACUUAACUAAAAGCCAGCUUGAUGCCUGCCUAUGACGUUGAACCGACGACACGCCGUCGCAAUUUUCUAUCGCAACGUUGACACGUCGUCGAGGCUGCUCUGAGACUUGUCAAACCACACACGAGAAAGAUUAAUAGUUAGAGUUUAUUCCUAAUUAUAUUGUAAUUACUAUCGAUUACAGAAACAAAUUUUUAAUUCUCGCACUUUUGUCACUUAUUUUCUUGAUUGUUGUAAUUCUGUUACCGAUAGUUAUUGGGAAGCGAAUCAUUUCUCAUUGUUUUUGUGCUUUUUAAUCAAAUCAAAAUAUAUGGUUAAUGAAAUUAUCGAAUAUUAUAAAAACUUGUAUUAUCUUCUUCUCCAACGGUGGUAGUCGCUACGAGGCAGCCUUGACGAAGCCGGUCGACCUGCCAAGCGUUACCUCUGUUCGUAUGGAGAAUCAUGGACGAAAUGUAAUAAACUGAUUGCUAUUACCGAAAUGGUGUACAAUAUUAAAAUACUUUGCAUAAAAACAAUGUUACAUAAUUUAAAGAAAUGAAAGAUAUUAAAAUUGCAA